AUGUCUAAACCCCAAACCACACUCACACCCUUCCAAACCCAUCUCCUUUUCUUCUCCACCUCAGCCCCCCGACCGCGUCUAACCCUCACCUCCGCCCUCCUCGCCAGCCUGAACCUCGGCCUCAACCUCCCCCUCGCCAUCCUCCUCAGCCUCUCCCUCCGCAUCCUGUACGCACCUUACCCAUUCUUCUGGUCACGCAUAUACAUCGACGAGAUACCGCCUUCCCUCCACCGUACACAGCUCAGUUCGGCCGUGCUGGCGAGCGGGAAAACGGGGUGGACGUGCUCGGAGCUGCUGGGGCUGUUGGAACAGUCCGGGGAGGAAGGGGGCAAGGGGGUUGGGGGUGCGAAGGGCUGGAUAAACCACAAAAUCAAUCAAGGGCAUAUAAUAGGUUUUUGGACCAUGGCCGCGAAUUCAAGGACAAAUGUUAUGAGAAGAGAGGAUGUAGAGAGGUUUCAACAAGGGGGUUGGGAGACUGCUGUUGCGGAGAGGAGGAGGGGGAGGGGUGAUGUGCUGCCGGUUUGGAGGGGGGGACCAGGUUGGGUGGGCGGGCAUGCGUGGGUUGUGAAGAGGGGGUUUGGGGUGCAGGUUUAUGAGUGUGGGAGGAAGGUGGAGUAG